UCAUUUUAAAAAAUUGUAGCACUAUUCUUACAAUUCCAUUACUAUUUUAAUGUACUUUUAUAGCCCGAUAAGCUCGUAUACAGUUUUAAAAAAUCUACUUUCUUGAUUUGUGUAAUAGGAAGAUGCAUUGAUACAACAUACAGUUACAAGACGUUCAGUGAUAUGGAAAGAUCUUUAAACUUACAUCGGGAGGGCGUUGAUCAAUGUGUCAGUUCGUGUGUUUCAGUCGGGCAAAGUCAAAGUCCAAGAGAAUAUGUGGCACCAAACAAUCCGUUUCAUAAAAGCUUUUGUAGCAUAGAUCGUAAUCUAAGUCAUGAAGAAGAAUUAUUUACUCUAGAAAAUUCUAGACUCUACUUUAUGGAGGAUGAGGAGGCUUUGGAUCCUAAUAUUAAUAAUAAUAUUUUUAGGCCCAACGUGUGUAGAAGAUAUCGCAGUUUGUCGUCUUCAUCCAUGGGACCAGCUUCAAAUGCAAAUAGAGCGCGACAUAAUAAUGGUGGGAAAAGAGAUACAAGAGAUUCAAACUCAAUAGCUAAAUUUAUUGAAAAUGGGUAUUCAAUCGGUUACUUAAUAGAAGACCAUGUCCUGGAUGAUGAUCAACCAUUACUAGGUGUUGUAGAAUUUAACGGUGAAGGUUCAGAUCACUGCCAUGCAUUUCAACCAUCAAAAGAAAGAGUAAAUAAAGCCAAACGUCAGCUGAUCUUUAGCAGUUGUCUGUGUUUUUGUUUCAUGCUUGUUGAACUUCUAGGUGGAUAUUUUGCAAACAGCUUAGCUAUAAUGACAGAUGCAGCACAUUUACUCAGUGAUCUUGCUAGCUUCUUGAUCAGUCUCUUUGCCCUCUGGGUAGGACAAAAAUAUCCCACUAAACGAAUGUCAUUUGGUUACUACAGAGCAGAGAUCCUUGGAGCUGUUGCUAGUGUCCUCAUCAUUUGGGUGCUCACUGGUAUUUUAGUGUACAUGGCUGUCAACAGAGUACGAUUUCAGAACUAUGAAAUUGAUACCAAUGUAAUGCUUAUUGUGUCAGGUUGUGGAGUAGCAAUGAACAUCAUAAUGGGGCUUGUGCUUCAUGGAUCCUUCUCAAGCCAUAACCACAGUCAUGGGUCAAAUUCUAGUGCAACAGGCAACAGCCAGAACAUAAAUGUCAGGGCAGCGUUUAUUCACGUUUUAGGAGAUCUUGUCCAGAGUAUUGGUGUACUUAUAGCUGCCUAUAUUAUUCAUUUUAAGCCAGAAUAUAAGCUAGCAGAUCCUAUUUGUACAUUCAUCUUCUCUGUUUUGGUGCUUUUUACCACCUUAACAAUUAUGCGAGAUGCUGUCCACGUGCUUAUGGAAGGUUUCCCACGAGACAUGAAUUAUGCAGUGAUUAAAUCAGACCUACAGAGUAUUGAAGGAGUAGAAACAGUCCAUAGUCUUCAUAUAUGGUCUUUGACAGUUGAUAAAAAUGCCUUAGCUGUACACUUAGCUAUAGAUCCAGAACUUGAUCCACAUACGGUUCUUCGAACUGCAGAAUCUUUAGUGAGAAGAAAGUAUGGUAUUUAUCACACCACAAUCCAGGUGGAGAAAUAUGAUGCUUCAACCAUGUUGUCUUGUCACACAUGCCAGGGACCAAGGCACUAAAUUCAAUUUACUGAAAAAAAAUUGUAUUGAAAGUGAUGGGUAUUGAAAUGCUACAAAUAGUUUCGUUAUUGUACCAGUAUAUUUGGAGAGA